GCAGCAGCAGCUCUAUGGCCUCCCGAAACCCCACCUGCAGCACCUUCAUCCUCUUCUUCUUCGUCUCCACCACUCUCGUCUGCGCUCUUCGCCGACCAGGUCUCGGAGGACAAGUCGCCCGCUCGAGUGUCCUUCCACUGAAGGAGGAGGCAGAGCAACGUCGAUGCAAAACCUGUGUUGCAGGUCUCGGAGGACAAGUCGCCCGCUCGAAUGUCCUUCCACUGAAGGAGGAGGAGGGUGACAGGCGGGUGAUGAUCGGGUCCAGGGCUCCCAUUUGCACGUACAACGAGUGCAGAGGCUGUCGAUUCAAGUGCAGCGCCGAGCAAGUUCCUGUUGACGCCGGCGACCCCAUGAACAGCGCCUACCGCUACAGAUGCGUGUGUCAUAGGUGAUGGAUGGUGGAACUCAAUGAGAAUGAGAGUGUUCUUGUCCCUGGUCUUCUUCCCGUGCCUGUACUCGAUCCUAGUGAAGUGAUCCUAUAUUACCUGUCACAAUCCUCUCCACCUCUCUGUGUGAUCUCUUCUUCUUCUGCU